AUGAUUUCCUUCAGAAGAUUUCUGCGAGUACCACAAGAGCUGAGACCUUCAGAAAUAUUUAAGCAAGACUCUUUAUCUCCCAGCAAAAUAUCGUUACAAAUUGUCCUUUUGCAGAUCUUUUACUAUCUAACGGCCUGUUCACUAUUCUAUUGUUGGGCCAAGCUCUGCGGUUAUGAAUUGGAGCUGAAGAAGUGGUUGUUUUCAUGGGAGCUCAUUGAUUUCACAAACUCUUUUGGAAUUACAAUGUGCAUUAUUUGGCUGAUGGACUCCUUGAUUUGUGUGCUCUUCCUUACCGUUAUAGUUGGAAGAAGCAAGCUGGCCUGGGAUUUUGCCAUUACCAUACAUGCCAUUAACUUGAUUACCGUUUUACUAUACACUCAUAAAUGGCCCUCUUUUGCAUGGUUCUUACUCCAGCUUUUAUCUUCUCUCAUCCUGGUGUUUUUAGGAACUUGGUCAACUCGUUGGAGGGAGCUCAGAGAUACAUUUUUCGAGGGAUUGGUGGACCAGCCUAUAGAAUCGCAGUCCAAUCUGGUACAUAGCAAGGAUCCCAUAGAAAUGAAAGACCUCGAAGCCCAAAAGUAA